AUGCGAGUGAAAAUGGCGUCGUCAGAGGUGGCUGUUAUUUUAUCGUUCGUCAAAAACUUGAAUGGAAACAUUCUUCUAUAUUAGAAAUUAAUUUUCAAAGUUCUUAAAACUAAGAUGAGCGCUCAGGACAGCUGGCAGAAUGUAGUGAUGAAGACGACGACAGGUGACAAGCUGGUGCCAGUGGAGCUGAGUGCGAGCACAUCGGCAUGGGACCAGCUGCAGCACCCAUCAGUGGCCAUGGGUCACACCCAUCAGCACCCAUCAGUGCUGGUGCCCACGCCCAUCAAGCUCGACCCACCUGCUGGCCCCAUCAGCCUACACGAGCAUCAUCUGCCUGUGUCCCACAUACCUCCGCAGACACCACAUGGAAUGCCAGUCGGUGGCUUCAUGGAGCAUGAUCUGCCGCCAGAGCUGCUGCAGCAAGGCUGGCGCAAGUGUUGGAGUAAGCGCGAAAAUCGACCUUAUUUCUGGAAUAAGUUGAAUGGAGAAUCCCUUUGGGAGAUGCCAACUCUCAAACCGCAGUUUGACCCUAUAACAGAUCCGCUUGCAUUGACGAGUGGAGGGGGGGCGCCACCUGCGGUCAAUGGACCAACCAAGAGACGAGCUUCUGAAGAAGGUGUCACUAGUCCUGCUGCUAAAAAAUUCAUACUAUCCGGUCCUUGGGAUUUGGAAGUUCAAACAAAUGUCAUCAUCUACGAACGAUCGCCCACAUUCAUGCCUCACCCUCAUCCCGAAGUGGAAGCUCUACGCUGCAACCUCAUGUUAAAGCUAAGGCAUUGCUACCAAGAGCUAUGCCAUUCCAGAGAAG